AUGGAAUUCUCAGAAUCUGUCUCCGUCUCAUGGAUCAGUCUUUCUUAUUCUUGGUCGUAUUAUUCAGCUACUCCAAAUGCUUCUCACAGUGGGGAUGCUGUGGUUGGGGAAGAUGGUCGGAAGGAUUGGGAAGAUAGGGAGAAAGUAGGCAUCAGUAAAAUCGAAGGAGGAGAACAAAUAAGGCUCAUUUUGGGUUUCUAG